AACAAAUCUUUCAAUUAUUGUUUUUUAAAUACCUACUCAUACCUCACACUGACAGUUACCUAACCUUCCUUUAUUUAUUUAUAUUCUAUUCUAUGAUCAAUAUCACAGAACGCAGAAUAGAAGGGAUAAUAUAUGUCGGUUUUGUGUCAUUAGAUUUUGAUUUUUAUGUUGAAUUUUACAGAUUUAUUGAUAGAACUUGGAAUAAAUACUUAAUUAUUUAAGGCUGUUUAUGAUCGGCAUUGAACGGAAUACAGUUGUUAUCAUAUGGAGUUGCUUAGUACUGUGUUGAGACGAUAAAGUUGUAAGAUAGUGUAUGCUGGUAUGGCUCAAGUUGAUGCUGCUGAAAAAGAAGCCAGUGAAGUCCUUCAUUCAUUAUUAUCUGUUGAACGUAUUGAAAGUAAAGAGGGUAUAAUUGUUGAUACGGGGGAUGAUAAUCAAAGUACUACGAACACUUAUCAAACUGCCCAAACGAAAAAUGCAGAGAAUGGGGAAAAUGAAGCCACACUACAAUGGCAUACACCUGUGCAAUUGGGAACGCAUUCUCUAUUCUCCACCAUCGAUGGUCAUAGUCACUUCACCCACACAAUGGAUGAUCAUCAGGUAAUUUGGGGCGGCACUUCUUUACAAGUAGAACCUGAACAUAAGUAUAAUGUCAAUACAAUUUAUACAACAACACAAGUCAUAGAAAAUGAGGAAAAUCUUGAAGAACCUUCUCCUAAAAUUCAGAAUCAUAUUCGUAGCACUAACAUUAAAAACAAAAACCCUCCAAAAAUAAAUAUAAAAAAAACACCCUUGAAAAAAAAGAAGAAAGUUGAACCUAUAGAAUCUGUUGCUAAUGAUCCGACAAAAUUGGAAGAAAGUUCUGCGCAAGUUAAAGAAAGGUUCAAAAGGGGAUGCGAAUGUCAGGAUGAGAGUUGUUUUCGAGGUUUAAAUCCUGAUAAUGUGUACAGACACAGACUGAAUAUUGCUGAGCUUACAAAAGGUGAGCAUGAUAUGUAUUUGAUGGGUGUAACUAUGGCAUGCUUGGCAAAUCCAGACACAACCGUGAGACAUAAAGAACGAAGAAGGUUGAGAGCUCAAUAUGUUUAUCAAGGGAGACGAGUAUGUUUGGAUGCUUUCUUAUAUUUAGAAAAUUGCACUCAUUAUCAACUCAAAAGAAUUAGAAAGCAUGUGAUGACUCAUGGAGUUGCCCCAAGAAUACAUGGGAAUCAUGGCAAGAAACCCCACAAUACUUUUCCUCUCAACAUUUACAGACAUGCUACAGAUUUUCUGAAACAGUAUUUAGAGCAGCAUACUGGGGAUCGUGAUAUAGUCAACACAAAGCAGCCUAUACAACUGCCUUGGGAUGUGACAAGAAAAAAUUUACAUGAUGCGUAUAAGGAAUAUAGCCAAAUUUUGGAUCCAGGGACUAAGCUUAUGGGAUAUUCAACGUUUCGUCAUUUCAUGAAAGAACAGUUCCCACAUGUUAAGUUUUGUAAAAUCGAACCGAAAGCCUCUAACAAUUCGCAAAAUAAUCAACAACAUCAAGUACAACAAAAUCAGACUCAACAGAUCAACACACAACAUUCAGUUCCGAAACAGCAGACAAUUCAAACCAUUGAAAUUCCCAGGGAUCAACAAAUUCGUAAAUGCAUUAUAAACGAUGAAAUUCAGCAAGUCAUUCCAUUAGUUGUUGCUCCAAACGAUGGUUCAGCCACUCAACAUCAUCAGCAAGCAUUUUUGGUUACACCAGUACAACAGUUGAUUCCAAAUAAUAACAUCUCAACAGAACAUUCUGCUAAUCAUACUUCGGCUAGUACUUUUUCCUAUCAGUUGACAAACACAGGCUAUGUUAUCAAUGAACAGGGUAAUAUUGUUACAACUAUGGCCAAUUCUCAACAUCAGACCCCUUAUACAUUUAAUAGAAUGUAAAUUUUUGUUUUUUUUUACAUCUAAUUUAUUUUUGUCUGUAAAUAUUCAUGUAUGGUUCAUGUAAGUAUUAAAUUAAUUAUGAAUA